AUGCUGUUGGACACGCUGCAGCGAGAGGUAGAGGCGUUGAGUGCAGAGCUGACGCGUCUGCGUCUCAUGGUGUACCGCGUGACGGAAGCCACACGUGCAUCACCCCCACAUGCAGCGCGCACCCACCAUAUUGAUGAUGAAUAUUGCACAUCAAGAAGCACUGUUUCUGGCGCUGCUGCAGAACCUCUCAACAUGCCACCUCAACCACUAGAGGGCAAUAGCAGCUCUAAGAACAACAACAAUAGCAACGCCAUGGACGUUAUGACUCCGCAGUUGAUGCAGCUAUUGGAGCGUCUUUUGAUCGCUGGCAAAGGCGCCGCUGUGGCAUCGGCAGAACUACAGAAAGGGAACGAUGCUAAGAACGCCAAACUUACUAAUCGACACAAAGAGUCAAAGAAAAGACGACAUAGGAAGAAAAAACAUGGGCGCCGCCACCGCUCGACGUCGUCCUCAUCAUCUACUACAUCAUCAUCAUCAUCAUCGUCGUCAUCAUCGUCGACGUCCUCUAAUCAUACACAAGAAAGGGUGAAGAGGCGAUCCCAUAGGCAUAGUGGAAAACAAAAAGACUUGUUGCGACACCAAGUCCGUAUUGUUGAUAAAGGCUGUGACAUGCCAUUGAUAGAAACACAGCGAAGUGAAAAGAUAGAGACCGUGGACGCGCAAAACAAGGCACCUAUUGAUACUUUUCGCUUCCAAGAGCAACAGGAACAGUCACCACCGUCACCAUCACCCCUGCAGCAGGAGGAGGAGGAGGAAGAGGAGGAGGAGGUGCCCGCCCACACUGAAGGGUCUUGCAGUGCACGAAACAUGGUCCGUUCGAGCCAAAGGAUAGACGGUGCUCACAGUUUUUCUUCGAGCCACAGCAGAGAUGCUGUGAAAUGUGAAGAGGAAACACAUUCCAAUGAAUGCGCAGGCCCUGGGGAAGAAGCGCAUUUUAAUAGCGUUCUGCGGUAUGUGGAGGGCACACCUUCGAAAGAGGGAACAUCUGGGUUGCCCAUGGACGCAACCGGAAGUCGCCUUCCAUCACUUUGCACUUCACAAGGUAUGGCGGGGUCCUUUUUUGGCUCGCUUAUGGCUACUGGCAAUCAAGAGAGCUUUGUACGAGAGAUGGGGGAACAGCAGCAGCAGCAGCAGCAGCGGACUUUCUCCCCUGCUGCAGUGUCUCUGCGGCAAAGUGACAUGGAGGAGGAUGCUUUUUCAGCCGACGAGAAUGGUUAUCCUCUUAUCCACAACAACGCCCUACCUCGACAGAAGACUAUGCCUGCUAGAGCGGCAACAACAACAGGAGUGAGAAGUAGUGAUGAUGCGCAAGCGAGGUUUAUGACCAUUAGAUUAGGCCAUACGUUGCCGUCGAGGCGACGCCCUCUACUGGAACGCCUUCGUGGAAUGAGUGAUGAUUCUAGCGCGUCAUCAAAGGAGAAGUUGUCGCAAGCAUCCGACCAACCCGCCGCAAUAGGCGCAGAGUUUCGUUCAAUAUCGUGCCACAGUGAGGUGGGUGACAUCAAUGGGACUCCAAGUGUCAAUAUAAGUAUUGGAGGGAGAGGUUCAGUUGAGGUGGCCCACGCGAGUCCGUCGGGCUCCACGGGUGCUGGCUACGCUCUUAGCAUGCUAGACGAGUAUGACUUCAAACUGAGAAACUCUUUUGGUGGAAGUGAGAGUGCUGAGGUAUUCGUUACCAGCAAAUGUGACACGUCUUCCCCUAUGCUUCACAAAAGCGACGCGUCGCAUCAUUUCUGA